GCGGAAGAUGUGACUGAGGAAGCCCCACUGAGGGACCGCUCCCACAUUGAGAAAACUCUGAUGCUGAAUGAGGACAAGCCAACUGAUGAUUUCUCUGUGGUGCUGCAGCGGCUUCGAAAGAUCUACCACUCAUCCAUCAAGCCCCUGGAGCAGUCUUACAAAUACAAUGAGCUUCGGCAGCACGAGAUCACAGAUGGGGAAAUCGCAUCCAAGCCAAUGGUGCUGUUCCUGGGACCGUGGAGUGUUGGCAAAUCCACCAUGAUAAACUAUCUCCUUGGGCUGGAAAACACUCGCUACCAGCUCUAUACAGGCGCCGAGCCCACCACCUCCGAGUUCACGGUCCUCAUGCACGGGCCCAAGCUGAAGACCAUCGAGGGUAUCGUCAUGGCUGCUGACAGUGCCCGGUCAUUCUCGCCCCUUGAGAAGUUUGGCCAGAAUUUCCUGGAGAAGCUGAUCGGCAUUGAGGUUCCCCACAAACUUUUGGAGCGGGUCACAUUUGUGGAUACGCCAGGCAUCAUCGAGAACCGCAAGCAACAAGAAAGAGGUUACCCGUUCAACGAUGUGUGCCAGUGGUUCAUCGACAGAGCAGACCUCAUCUUUGUUGUCUUUGACCCAACCAAGCUGGACGUGGGUCUGGAGCUGGAGAUGCUCUUCCGCCAGCUGAAGGGGCGUGAGUCCCAAAUAAGGAUCAUCCUGAACAAAGCCGAUAACCUGGCCAUGCAGAUGCUCAUGAGGGUCUAUGGGGCCCUCUUCUGGAGCUUGGCCCCGCUCAUCAACGUCACGGAGCCCCCAAGGGUGUACGUCAGCUCCUUCUGGCCACAUGUCUACAAGCCCGACACCCACUGGGACCUGUUUCUCAGGGAAGAGAUCUCCCUCCUGGAAGACCUGAAUCAGGUGAUUGAGAACAGGCUGGAGAACAAGAUUGCCUUCAUCCGCCAGCAUGCUGUCCGGGUCCGCAUUCACGCCCUCCUGGUCGACCGCUACCUGCAGACGUACAAGGACAAAAUGACCUUCUUCAGUGAUGGGGAACUGGUCUUUAAGGACAUCGUGGAAGACCCUGAUAAAUUCUACAUCUUCAAGACCAUCCUGGCAAAGACCAACGUCAGCAAAUUUGACCUUCCCAACCGCGAGGCCUAUAAGGACUUCUUUGGCAUCAACCCUAUCUCCAGUUUCAAGCUCCUGUCCCAGCAGUGUUCCUACAUGGGAGGUUGCUUUCUGGAUAAGAUUGAGCGGGCCAUCACCCAGGAGCUCCCCAGCCUCCUGGGAAGCCUUGGGCUGGGGAAGAAUCCAGGUGCUCUCAACUGUGACAAAACAGGGUGUGGCGAAACCCCAAAAUCGCUAUAGGAAACCCUAGGUUGCUGUGUUGCCAUUCUCGGGCUCCUGUUGGUGAAUGAGCUUGUGUCCUAA